CAAUGGACAGUUUCCAUAUAAAAAGGCUUUCGAUCUUGGAAAGCAUUACAGUCUUCUCCUGCUGAAUUCAAGUAAGGUAACAGAAAUACAGCAACAUGAAGUUAGUAUCCUGUUUAGGGGUACUAGUGCUUUGUGCCAUCCAAACCAUCUCCUGUGACGAUGCUACCUUAGUACAAGUUCAGCAGGGCCAGCUCACUGGCGAGAUCCUCACUUCAGUCCUCGGCGAAACAUACUACAGCUACAAGGGAAUCCCUUAUGCCAAGCCUCCUGUUAAUGAACUCCGAUUCAGGGAUCCCCAAGACCCUGAGCCUUGGGAUGGAGUGCUAGCAGCUACAGCACACGGAAGCGUUUGCCCACAGUUCAACCCACUAAGUGCCAUAUACACCUCCGGCAGUGAAGACUGUUUGUUCCUCAACGUUUACACUCCUAGUCUCAACCCUGAUAAGCCCCUUCCAGUAGUCGUAUUUAUCCACGGUGGUGCAUACAUAUUCGGAUCAGGAAACUCAGGAGACUAUGGCCCUGAUUACCUUGUAAAGCAACGUGUUGUAACAGUAACCAUCAACUACAGAUUAGGUGCCUUAGGAUUCUUAAGCUUGGGCGACGCAAACGUACCCGGCAAUGCAGCAUUAAAAGACCAGGUCAUGGCACUGAAAUGGGUGCAGAAGAAUAUCAGACAGUUCGGAGGAGAUCCCAACAGCGUUACUAUCUACGGAGACACUGCUGGUGGAGCUUCGGUCACUCUUCAUAUGCUGUCACCGAUGUCUAAGGGACUUUUCCACAAAGCCAUUGCCAUGAGUGGCUCACCAACUUGUGAUUAUGGUAUCACGUACAAACCUGAGGAGAAGGCAAAGAUUUUCGGAAAAUUACUUGGCGCUCCAGAUACUGAAAACACUACAGCACUCCUUGAAUUCCUUCAGAGCGCUGACUAUGAUACUUUCUACCCUAUCACUCCAACCGUGCUGGCCUCAGAAGAGAUUACAGAUGUUUUGUUCAAAAUGGAACACUUCACUCCAGUUAUUGAAAAGAAUACUGGUAAUAACUUCCUCACAGAAGACUAUUUCAAUUUGUUGAAGAGUGGAAAAGUGAACAAAGAAGUCGAUUUCAUGAUUGGCUACAGCAGCAAGGAGGCUAUACUUCUCAUCGAUGUUUAUAAUGCGUCGUACAUAAGCCAGUAUGACAGGUACAGGGAGUUGUUCACACCCAGUGAAAUAUUGAUCAAGAGUACUCCUGAUACCAAUUUACAAGUGGCUAACGCUGUCAAGAACUUCUAUUUCGGAGACAAAACAGUUUCAACUGACAACCUCGAUCUGUUUGUAAGUUAUUCCAGCAACGCCAGUAUCGGAUACCAUGCUCAGAGGUUCGCUAAUAAAUGGGCAAACAUUGGAAAGAAGACAUAUUUCUUCAAGUUCAACUUCUUCACUGAAUGGAACGUGUUUGGUCAGCAAGGCGUCAAGUAUGGAUUACAAGAAGCUUCUCACUUUGACAUGCCAUUCUAUGUGUUCUAUCCUAAUGAUCAGAACUGGACUGUUGACACCAGCAGCCAACAGUACGCUUUGGUACAGAAAAUCACGACGGCCAUUGCUAACUUUGCUAAAAACAGUGAUCCCAGCACAGACACUAUCACAUGGCCAGCUUACACCAGCUCAGAAAAAGCCUACGUAACCUUCGAAAACGAUGACGUCACAGUUGGCUAUGGCCCUGACGACCAAGACUACAUCUUCUGGAAGGACACAUAUGAAAAGGCCGGAGUUAAUUUCUAAAUUCGAAACAAAGACAAAACGAAGGGUCUAAAUAGGCUGACAAUGACUGUCUUACUAUAUGGUUUACGAAAUAUUCAACUAUACAAGUUGAUUAAAGUUCCUAUAGUUUGCUACUUAGACCUUUUGUUUGAUAAGUUCUACGUCUUCUUGCAAUAUCCUAUGUCUGUUUCUAUUGACCUUCUAAAUUCUUAUUAAAUGUGAAUCAAUAUA